UUUUGAGGCUUGGCCCGAUCCAGUGUCAACUUUAUCUUGAGUAAGAACAAUGUUGUCCAAAAUGCAAGCAAGAACAAUAUUGUUCAGUACGUUUUCGUGUGUGUACUGAACAAUAUUGCUCUUGCUCAGGAUAAAGAUGGCACUAGCCCGUCCGGCCCAACACGGAAAACGCACGACCAAGAAAACGAAGUCGUGGGUCGGACCUGUGCUGCAUUUUUUGGAAAAAACAUGAUACAAAAAAUCACACUAAAUUGAGUAAAUUUAUGCCUAAGCACGACAGCCGACCCGACUGCAUGUCCCGCACUUGAGCCACAUUUUUUAAACUUUCAACACGGGCCAACCCAUUAUUAGUGCUCAAGUGGAUUUGACAUGGGUCAGACCCAUUCAGAUCCACAGCCCGUGGGAUCGGCCCGACCCGGCCCGAUGACGGCCAUCUUUAAUAAGCUCGAGACUUUCUCUGUCCUAUACUCAGAAAAAUGUCCUAAAACCUCAGUUUUUGUGAUUUCCUCACUUCCCUCUCAAAUUUCCAUGGACAAUCUCGUUCUCCAACCUCAUCAUCUUCAACAACAACAACGACGGCUAUUUCUUCUUCCGCAAGAUUUGAUGAACCCAUUUUCUCUCUCCUCAAGAAUUAAGCUUAAACCCCAAACCCUCUUCUCCAAAUCCCUUAAAUGCAGCUGUUUCUGUACCAUUUCACAGAAUUUAGAGAACCCCAUUGCAGCAAUUAAACCCCCCAACGGGAAAUCCAGUAAAAGUAGUGCCAAAAGUAGCUUGCAAAAUCUUAACGAAAGCUGGUUGUCUUCUCUUUCCAUUAAUGGCACAAACAGCAAUAAAAUUGAAGGAAUUGAAGAAAAUGGUGGGGUUGAAUGGGUAAUUGGUGUUGACCCGGAUCUUUCUGGUGCUAUGGCUCUAUUGAAAUACGAUAGUUCUGGCUUUGUUUCUGCCCAGGUUUUUGAUUCCCCAGUUGUGCAAUUAUCAGUUGGGAAAACACGACGAAAACGAUUAGAUGCGAAGUCUAUUGUUCAGUUGUUGCAGAGUCUCGAUGCUCCAAAAGGUACCACCGCAUAUUUGGAGCAAUCUAUACCAUUUCCCCAGGAUGGAAAACUGGGUUGGUGGAGUGGAGGAUUUGGCUAUGGGUUAUGGAUCGGAGUCUUGGUUGCUUCUGGAUUCUCCGUUGUUCCAUUGCCGUCCAAUUUAUGGAAACGGGGAUUUGAACUAGCCCGAAGCUCUUCAAGUAAGGAUGAUAGCAGGGAGCUUGCAGCACGCCUGUUCCCUGAUUUAAGUUCUAUGUUGAAAAGAAAGAAGGACCACGGUCGAGCUGAAGCUCUACUCAUUGCUGCCUACGGAAAAGGUCACAGAAUAAAGGCAGAUGAAUCUUGCAUGUCAGACGACACUCGUGAAGCGUUGACCAAGUCUUGCAUGUCAGAUGAUGCUCGUGAAGCGUUGACCAAGUCGUGCGUGUCAGACGAUGCUCGUGAAGCAUUGACCAAGUCGUGAUGCUGCAAUAUUGAUCCAACAUUGACAUACGGAACACAUGAAUCUCGCGGAAAAACCUCCAUAACACCCAAAAUGCAGCUUUUUUUCCCGUCUACGAGCAUUUUGGAGUUGUGAAAUGUUUUGCCUGAUCGUAUUCGAUACAGUCCAUCUGCUGAGUCCUGUUAGGAGUAAUCAAUCAUUCAUGAGUCAGUAUUCCUUGUAGCUUUGUAAUUAGUACUCCCUCCGUCCCGGAAUACUUGACCUGUUUUCCUUAUCGGGCCGUCCCUUAAUACUUGACCUGUUUCUAAAAAUGGAAAUAUUCUAACAAUAUUAUAUUAUUUCUCACUCCACCCCUAUUAACCCACCUACCCUCUACUCCAUGCAAAAAAUAAUUAAAAAUUCAACCCCUACUCUCCCCCAACCCCACCUCUUAACCCACCUCCCACUAACUAUAUUAAAAUAAUACCCCACUAUCAUCUACUACCUAUUAAAUUAAAUAAGUCAAUUCAAGUCCCUUAAACUCUGUGCCGGUCAAACCGGGUCGAGUAUUCCGGGACGGAGGAAGUAAUUCAACUUAUUGGUUUAAAGCAUUUUGGAGUUGUGAUAAUUCCUACUCAUUUCUUAAAUUCUUAAUUGAGUUUUAUUUGGUCUGAUCAAGAUCCAAAUUCAUGAGUAAUUGUUGUUCAAUCAGCUUUAUGUAUGGUAUUUGCUCGUGCUGUUUCAUUAUGGGGCGUGCCCACUUGCCUUGGGCCUGAAUGAGCCUGGCCCAAGCCAAGCCCACUUGUUUUGUGUUGGGCCAAUUUAUUUGAAAGGGUGGCCCAGGCAUGACCCAAUCCCAUGUUCCCUUGUCUCGGGUGAUGUCAUGCUGUAUUUUUCUCGUGCUCGUGCUGUGCUUUUUUCGUGAUGAGUUGUGUUAUGCCUAAGCCCGAGCGAAUGUUAAAACUCAUCUAUUACUAUAUACUAAAAGAGACACCAGGAAUGACACGUGUAAUUUCCUGGUGAAAAAAUUUCCCGCCAAAAACUCUUUUCUAAAAAGACAUUUAUUUUAUUCUUUUUUUGUUUUCUCUCCUUUUGUAUAAAUGUUUAUAUAUGGAAAAAAUAUAGGAUUAUGGAAUAUGCCAUUAUUAAAAUUUUGGUAAAAUUUUAGUCAAACUGUCAUGUCAAUAAUAGAAAAUAUUCUUACUC